UUUAUAUGUUCAUUUCCGGUGAGAUGUUGUCGGUCUCGCUUUCUGCGACGUAGCAGGGCUAUGCGCGAGACACCUUCAUCUCGUCAAGGUGGCUGAACAGACUCAAAGAGAUGAUGCCCUUCAAAUUCCGUGAAUCUAAAAUGCCAUGGCCCCUGAUACUUCUGUUGUGCUGGAGCUAUGUUUUGAAAGCUACACACACAUCCAUUAUCAUCCAGACGCCAGGGAGGGUGAUGGUGAAGGCUGGUGAUACAGUGACCUUGAAAUGCUAUUUGGUUGAGCUUAUCACCUACUGCUACUCUGUGAUUUGGAUGAAAGUAGACCCCAGGAAUGGAACACUGACUAAGAUUGCAGACUUAAAGAUUGAUAACAACUCUGAGGAGGGAGAAGGGAAACAGGACAAACUAUGUUCUGCUACAAUCGCCAACGCAACAGUGAGCGACUCAGGAAUGUACUAUUGCUCAGCUGUUCAAUCCGAAAUGACCCACACGGGGAAUGGUUCUAGAGUUGUUGUGACAGAGAGAGAGAGAACACAGAACAUCACUGAAUCGCCAGCCAUCAAACUCCUCUCUCCAUCGGACGGUGACGGGUCUGUUGUGUUGACGACUCUAUACUACACAGCAGAGUCCUUCAUCCCUCUGCUGUGUUUGGUGUUGAAAGUGGUCCCAUCUCAGGUCCAUGUGUUCUGGCUCAUCGACGGGAGAGAGGACAGUGGACUAACUUCGUCCACUUGGACAGACAACAGUGAUUCGGCCACAGAGUUCACUAUGAACCAGAUUCUAGUCCAGGCAGAGGAGUGGGACAGAGGGGUGCAGUGUACGUGUGUGGUGGAGUUUGAGGGAAAUUCUAUCAACAAAACCCUGAUAAAGCCCAAUGAUUUCACUGGCGUGUGCACAAUGGUGCUGUAUUGGAUAUCUGCAGCUGCUCUCCUCACCAUUAUAGUGGCUGUCACUGUCGCUGUGUGUCGGCACCGUGGACAUCCCGAUGAGGAUACAAGACAAAGAGGCACAGGCACAGAGAGCAGGCAGCAUCAAUCUGGGAGACUCGGAGAAGCUAGAAAGGCAGUUCGAUCAUCCGUCUCGGAGGUCCAGUAUGCGACUUUGGACCACAUCCAGUUUGGGAGACGCCCAAAUACAAUUAUCCAAUAAUAUUUUGAAGAAGAAAUUGCAUAAGAGUUUUCAGAUUAUUAUGUAUGUAUUUGUGUAUAAACCAAGAGCCAAGUGUCCCCAAUUGCUAAGUGCCCAGAGUGACACAGAGCUCUUUUUUUAAUAUUGUAAUUCAACUGUGGGAAAUCCUCCUAAUAGUCAUUAAACUGUCCCAGUCCUAAAAUGUUUUCAAAGGUCAGGUUAGAGCCCUUCCGUGGGAAAACGUGUACAAGCCUACAUAGGAAAAUUACUGAAAUUGAUUGAUGAUAUAUUUAUUGUGGUGUAGGCUAAUUGGCUGCUUAUAGGCCCAUGUGAUUUCCUGUGUAUUUUUAUUUAUUUUGUACCUUUAUUUAACGAGGCAAGUCAGUUAAUAAGAACAAAGUCUUAUUUUCAAUGACGGCCUAGGAACAGUGGGUUGUUCAGGGGCAGAAGGACAGAAUUUGACCUUGUCCUGGUUUUGUCCUACAUAGAGGACCACAUUGGAAAUAAGUGUUCUUAGCUAUCCUGUCUCACCCUCAGGGAUUAAUUGUAAAUUAAUAUCUUGUUUUUUUCUUUGUUUUCAUUUUUAUUACCUCUUUCAUUACCUCUUAUCUAAUUUACAAUUUUCCUGGAACUGUUGGUGCCAACACUGCCUAUGUAUUUGAACACAUGUUUAAAAACGUUGCUUGAAUGCUAAAAAAAGACAUUCAAAUUCUCAAUCUGAAACACACUUUGACGAACUCUGUACGGCCUGUUUCUCUGACCAAAAUGAGAAGGCUCGCUGUUUUUGACACUUGUGAGUUGUUUGAUCCGGCACAGACUGCAGAUUGUGUAACAUAUGAAAAAGUGUGACAGGUGCAGGACUGUAGCCUUCAGAACAGAAGCGGACCACAUACCACAGUAGUUUAAGCUUUAGCUGCCUAACGCUCUCCUGCACACACACUCUAUCUAUCGCUCUCUCUGCAAGGUGUGGUAUUCUCAGUGUGAUAUGCUUAUGGACAGACACAGCUUUGGUCAAAUCUGUUCCUUGGUAUUAACAAACCACUAGCAAAUUCUAUUUGCAGGCUUUUUUUUCACCCAAUAGCACAUUAUGAGAGAUGAACCUUUGUACUUUCGUGAUAUGCUAUCAGCUAUCACUUAACCUCAGCAGCUUUCACGAUAUCAAUGAAACUCAGAAAAUAGA